CCGCAGCAGCCGCAGCCGCAGUGACAGCUGAGCCCGGGCUUCCUUGCUCAGCGGCGCGCGGAUUUGCGGGCAGGCAGGGAGCAACGUCGGGGCUGCCGGCUGCUCAGCGCCCAUCCCCGCGGAGGAGGGCUUUGGUGCAGGGGAGCCAACAUGGCUGAUGAUUUCGGUUUUUUCUCCUCCUCGGAGAGCGGAGCAGCCGAGGCCCCGGAGGAGGACCCAGCCGCCGCCUUCCUGGCUCAGCAAGAGAGCGAGAUCGCGGGCAUUGAGAAUGACGAAGGCUUCAGCACGGCCGAGGGGGGGCCCGGAGACCCGCAGGCGCCGGAGCAGCCGGUUGACUUUGAGAGCCCAGGAGCCACUGUGAAUGGAGAUCUGUUUCAGGAAUCCAACGGACCCACAGAUAACUAUGCAGCCAUUGCCCGAGCUGACCGAUUGACACAGGAGCCCGAGAGUAUUCGCAAGUGGCGAGAGGAGCAGAAAAAGAGACUGCAAGAGCUGGAUGCUGCUUCAAAAGUAUUAGAACAGGAAUGGCGUGAAAAAGCCAAGAAGGAUCUGGAAGAGUGGAAUUUGCGGCAGAAUGAACAAAUGGAGAGAAACCGGGCCAAUAACAGGAUUGCUGACAAAGCCUUUUACCAGCAGCCAGAUGCCGAUGUGAUUGGCUACGUGGCCUCAGAGGAAGCCUUUCUGAAAGAAUCCAAGGAAGAGACUCCUGGCACUGAAUGGGAAAAAGUGGCCCAGCUCUGUGACUUCAACCCUAAGAGCAGCAAGCAGUCCAAGGAUGUGUCACGCAUGCGAUCCGUGCUGAUCUCCCUCAAACAGACGCCUCUGGCCCGCUAGCCUAGCCGAGCAGGGGGCAGGGGCUGGAGUGAAGAUGCGGGUCACUCUUUUGCCAGCAGGCAUCGCUGCAGCACAACAGGCUUAGGGGGCUACCAGCAGGAAACCCAAAAGCAUCUCACUCCUGCCCCCUCCUCUCUUCUAUUUUCACACCACUCAGGCUGCGUGGCUGCCUGUACCCCUCCCUUUGAUUUUACUUUGCUUAAAGGGUGCAUUGGUAUCUUUUUACACAUAUUUAUUAACUGUGUGGUUCCUUGGGCAGCAGCCCUCUUUGGUUCCUGCACCUGCUGCCUUCAGGAAGAUCACUCCUUUCACAGUGCCGGAAGCACUCACUUGCCCCCUUCCCACUGGUCAAGGAGGCCUAAGUCCCCUUAUUCCAUCCAGCUUGGAAGGUACAGUAGAUAAUAGUGCAAUUUAUCUUUCUGACACUUUGCACCAGGGUCAGGAGGCAAGACCAAAUCUAAGGCAAGUACAAAGUAUUGGCUGAGUUUAAGGUUGCCAACAGGAAGCCUGAGUUCCAAUCCCAGCUCUGUUGCUGUCUUUCCCAGUGAUAACGAAGGGUCACUUUUCUAACAGAGAGUUGGAACUUGUGUGUCAAUUGGUGCAUAGCAUCCAUACUGAUAGAAGGUGACCCUUGGUAGGAAGUAGGUUUUUUGGGGAAAAGCAGGCAAGGGGGAGGAAGGGUAAUGGUGAAAACACUAAACCUUGUGCACUAAAAUGGACAAAUGCUGUAUGAAAUUGUGAAAUAGCCGGAGGAGGGGCUGGGGCUGCGGGGAGAACAAAGCCUUGUCAUUCAGAUCUACCACACAAGACACUAUUUCUCCCUGCAAGAAGGCAGGCUAGAAGGCAAACUUUAUUUGGGCAUACGUAAUGAAAAUGGGGAAGAACAUCCUUCAGGGGGUGGGACAAGAGUCAAACCAUAGCCAUCUCUGGGGAGAGGCUAUUCUAUAUGUGCUUGAAUACAAGAACAUGAUAUGGGGUCAGCUGAGAUGCUUGCUUCCAAUUUGUGUUCUAAGUGAAGACGAUGAAAGGAGGAUGCUGCUGUGAGUGAGAGACAGGAAGAAUGCUAGAAAUCUUCUAGGCACUUUACCUAACCCCCAGCCAAUUCCUGUAUUACCACCAGCCACAAAAUCAACAUACCCUCUUCAAAUAACAUCAGCAAAGUACUUUACACCUUUGUUUUGGAAGGAGAUGUCCCUCCUCAGCCAUGCAGUAUGUCCUGGGCCCUGGCAUUCUGUAGCUGAUGUCUCCUCUGCUCCUUAUAUGAUCCAUCAGCCCAGCUACGAAGCAGAUGGAGGGGUGCCUAUAGUUUUACAGAAAGGAACUCUGCAGAGUGCUGUAUGAGGAGCAGGUGAUUUACUAGAAUUACUCCUUUCUAUGUUGCACAUUCCUGCAACAUAACUGAAGGGGAGUUGCAGAUUGCUGCAGUUUCCCAUUUGGGCAUAUGCUGUGCUGCCCAGGUGCUCUCUGGCUUAUUUAAUGCAAGUUCUUCAUUUUGACCAAAUGUAGAAGAGGUAAUCCUAGUGGACGCUGUAAAACUAAAAUAAAAAAAAUUAAAAACCGCAAAACUAAAAAAGCACAAUGGCCACAUGUGGCUAUAAAAGACCUUGAGAAGUACUUUUUGUUUCUUUUGGAAAUAAUGGCCUAGCAGAGGAACCUGAGCUGGCAGUAUUCCAUCUAAAUUUUCAAAUAUUCAUGCUGAAGCCCAUAUAAAAUCAAGUUGUGAAUUCAGCAUCUAUUAAUGGAGUUCACCUCCCAACCCAAGUUGCCUUUUCAUUGAGCUGGCUUUGCUGAUCAUUUUUUCACAGAUACCUUCUAAAGUGCAGGGACCUCAUUGGGUGUCACUGCCACCUAUUUACACACUGAGGCAUUUGUGAGAAAACGUCCCACCUAGAAAGCUUGGAAGUUGCCCAAUUAUCCCAAACGUUUUCUCUGAUAACUUUUGAAAUUUCCAGAAUUCAAAAAUAGAUACCAUGAAGAUGAAACAGUCUGGUAAAAUAUGGGGGGACUUGUAAUAUGGGGAUCAAAACAGUGGGCAAGUUCUCAGUGCAUAAUAUUCCCAGAUUAGUUCGUAUUGGUUUAAAGCACUCUGAAUGGGGAUUUGACAUUUGAGGCAGUCAUAUUAUGUUCUGGGCUGGCUGCAGAAAGGAAGCAAAAGGGCAGAAAAACAAGAGUUAUGCGCAUAGGGGUAUAUUUCCUUGGAUAUUAUUUCUCCAAAAGUUGAGGGGUGGGUAGAUGAACCACACAGAAAUGGAGGCAGAGAAGGACCACGCAUUAAGGUGGAGGACAGAAGCCACCCUGGCAGCUGCAGCCUCUCCUACUACCUGCUACUGAGGAGUUCACAGCACAGACAAGACUGAGAGGCUGCAAUCUGUAAGCAAUGAUGGUCUGGGUGGUCAUCACAGCCCACAAAAAUCAGGCUGUCACUUUUUCAGGCUUUGCUGCUAGCAAGACAAAGGCCCUGCUUGGAGUUAACCUGUCGCCUCGGAGUUUUACUACCCUCCUGUCCAGUGUCACAAAUGCCAGGAGCAACUGAGGUGGCACUCAGGAGGUGGGAAGCUUUGCCUGCAGCUAUCCUGUUUUCCCCAGCUUCAAGACCUGUUAAAUCUUUCGUUAUCAAUAAACUGCCCCUAUUCCAGCCAUAUAGCUAAGAGUCACAGAAUGCUUUAUUUCCGCAGUUCUAUCUGUUGUAAUUUGGGAAGUAUAGGGGGCAGUUAACACAUGGCUUGGACUCUUGGCCUCACAAACAUUUCUAAAGAAGAAAUAUGGCCAAUCUGAAUCCUUUCCUUGGAACGGGCAUGGAGUAAAUUCUAGACUUUUUAUUCAUACAAGUCUGUGAUCAAGAUUAUUCAUACAAGUCUGUGCAUCCUUAGAAAAGCUCCAAAUAAGCUUAUGAAAGAAAAUUCAGGCCUCAGCAGAAUUCGACAAGAACAGUUAACAAAAGAUGUGUGUUAUUUAAUUUUUAAACAAGUUUCUACACUACACUUCUCUAAAGAAGAAAAUAAAAUGACAAUAUUGAGUGUAA